CAAAUGAGGGAAUUUAAAGUUGUUGUUCUUGGAUCAGGCGGAGUUGGGAAAUCUGCUUUAACUGUCCAAUUUGUUUCUAAUAAAUUUAUUGUAAAAUAUGAUCCGACAAUUGAAGAUUUUUAUAGAAAAGAGAUUGAGGUUGAUGGACAGCCUUGUGUUCUUGAAAUUCUCGACACUGCCGGGACUGAACAAUUUGCCUCAAUGCGGGAUUUAUAUAUAAAAAAUGGCCAGGGUUUCCUCGUGAUAUAUUCAAUUACCAAUCAACAGAGCUUUCACGAUAUCCGAACUAUGAGAGAUCAAAUAAUCCGCGUUAAGGGUACUGAUCAAGUUCCGAUUUUAUUAGUUGGAAAUAAGUGUGAUUUGGCACAUCAGAGACAGGUUGAAUAA